AAUUGUAUUGUACUACUUCCUUCCAAUCGUUUCUCCCUCGUUUUCUUAUAUGCUUACAAACUUUGAAACAGAAUGGAGGGAGAGUCGGUGUUUUAUUUACAAACUUUGCUUGUUAUCUAAAUAAAAUAUCCACAAAAAUUACAUCAUUACUUUUCACCUUUGGACAGAAUUUGGAAUUUGAAAGGGUGUAUCAACCAUCUAAAAUGAAAACUUGAAUAUCCACUUCGUUUCAGUUCACCUCGCAUUGAAACAUGAAGAAUAAUGAAUAUUAUAUCAACAAAAGAAAUGAGAUGCACAAAAUGAUAGAUAAAUGUUACUCGAUCUAUGUAGUAUUUUGUUUCACUUUUUUUUUUAUAAAGGACAAAAGGGACCUAUUUUACAUUUGAAGAAACAACAAAAUGGCAAUAUGAUUUGAUAUAAUAAAAAUAAAUAAAAAGAAUAAAGAAAAAUAUUUUAGUUGAUUGUUCAUGAUGAUGAUGUGUUGUAAAUGUGAAUGAAAGUGAAGUUCGCCAUUGGAAGCGCUCUCCAUUUUUACACUUGACAUCUUGCUUUAGACUCGCUAAAUUAAAUCUUCUAUUCACACAUUCUUACGAUCAUCUAGGAAUUAUGAUAUUUUUUCUAAAUCUCUGUCAUUUUCUUACGAUUUCCUCCCUUUCCCUUCAUAAUCUCUUCUUGCAUUGCCCAUUUCUCUUCAUGUUUUGAUCUUUCUCUUCCCCUUCUUCUUCCCAUUCUUCUUCCCAUCACCAUCCAUGGCAACCAUGAAAUUAGGCAUUAAACCCGAAGCAUUUCAUCGCGAGGGCCAAACUUGGCUUUGCUCAAGUGGAUUACCCAGCGAUGUUACAAUUGAAGUUGGAGAUAUGUCUUUUCAUCUACACAAGUUUCCUUUGCUUUCUAAAAGUGGGUUUCUAGAGAAGCUUAUAGAACAGCUUCCUAACGAGGAUGAAUCUGGCUGCGUUCUGAAACUUCGUGAUAUUCCUGGUGGCGCCAAAGCAUUUGAACUUGUUGCUAAAUUUUGCUAUGAUGUUAAAAUAGAGCUCACUUCUUUGAAUAUAGUUAGCCUUAGAUGUGCAGCUGAAUACCUCCAAAUGACUGAAGAGCAUGGAGAAGGGAAUUUGAUUUCUCAAACAGAGGUUUUCCUCAAUGAGGUCUUUGGUAAUUGGACAGAUACAAUUAAAGCUCUUGAAACUUGUGAAGAAGUUGGAUCAUACGCAGAAGAGGUUCACAUUGUUUCACGAUGUAUUGAUUCAUUGGCUAUCAAAGCUUGUGCUGACCCACAGUUGUUCAAUUGGCCAGUGAAGGGGCAGGAAAAUGUCCGAAGCCCCAAUGGGACUGUUCUAUGGAAUGGGAUUUCUUCAACCACAAAGCCCCAACCAACCGGCGAAGAUUGGUGGUAUGAGGAUGUGUCAUUUCUUAGAUUUCCCUUGUACAAGCUUUUGAUUUUGUCUGUUGAAGCUAAAGGAUUGAAAUCUGAGAGUAUAGCUGCAUCAUUAAUACAUUAUACUAAGAAGAAUAUCCCCUUAAUCAACAAUCAAUUGAGUUUCAAUGAUAUGAAUCAUGUUGGGUCAGGAAUCACAGCUUCUACAAAUUCUGAGGUAGAUCAAAGAUUCCUACUUGAGGAGCUUGUGGGCUUACUACCAAGUGUAAAGGGUGUCACCACAACCAACUUUCUACUUAGGCUUCUUAGAACUGCUAUGAUUUUGCAUGCUAGUCCAUCAUGUAGGGAAAUUUUGGAGAAAAAAAUAGGCAGUCAAUUGGAUCAAGCUUUGCUCGUUGAUCUGCUCAUACCUAACAUGGGAUAUACAGUGGAAACUCUUUAUGAUAUCGAUUGCAUUCAGAGAAUUCUUGACCAUUUUAUGUCGAUAUACCAUGUUCCAAUUGCAUCUUCUCCUUGCAUAGUUGAGGAGGGGAAGAUGGUUAGCGGAACGGAUACACUGACCCCGAUGACAAUGGUGGCCAAUCUGGUGGAUGGAUAUCUUGCAGAGGUAGCUCCCGAUGUGAACCUGAAGUUGCCAAAAUUUCAGUCCCUUGCUGCUGCGAUCCCUGAUUAUGCCAGGCCAUUAGAUGAUGGAAUUUAUCAUGCCAUUGAUGUGUACCUAAAAGCCCAUCCUUGGCUUUCAGAUUCAGAAAGGGAGCAACUAUGUAGAUUGAUGAAUUGCCAAAAGCUAUCAUUAGAAGCCAGUACACACGCGGCGCAAAACGAGAGGCUACCUCUUCGAGUAAUCGUCCAAGUUCUUUUCUUCGAGCAGCUUCGACUACGAACAUCAAUAUCAGGUUGGUUUUUUGUUUCUGAGAAUCUGGAGAACUCGCAACAUCCGAACGGAAACCUUGAACUUCCAAAGAAUGAUUGUUCAAAGGCAAUGGAGGAGGGUGGUGGUGGAAAGGAUGUAAAAGAGAGAGUUUCAGAGCUUGAAAGAGAGUGUUUAGAAAUGAAAAUGGAGCUUGAGAAGGUGGUUAAGACGAAGAAAAGUUGGAGUCUUAUUCCAAAAAAGCUUGGUUUUGGAAGAAAAUCACAGCCAUGCAUCCCAAAGCCAGAUGAUAUAAUGGAGCAAACAACCUCUGUCAGUGCUCCACAGAAUAAUGAAGAUGGGGAUUUGGGUCAGCGAGUAGUUGCAUAGAUGGAUCCAAUUUAAUGAGUCUUCAGUGUACAAUACUUUUGGUACAACUUUUAUUAUCAUCAAUAUUUUUUUAAGAUAUCUGUUUGAUUGUAAAUUUUUUUGAUUUAAAGUGUUUUAAAAUGUAAUAAUCUGAUUAUAUAAAUCAUAAAAUGAAUGAUAGUUAAGUUAGUGAC